GUACGGCUGCGGAGUUGUCACUGAGAUUUGUUUUCUGUCGGUAGAUAUUAAAUCGACAGGGGUCUCACGUCUCGCGAGCUCGGUUGAUUAGCAGCCUUUCGCGUUCCUGUGUUUUCUGUCUUAGCCUUUUGCGUCAUUGUCAUUGCAGUUUUUAUUAGUUUUUACUAUUUUUCCGAUCAACUUUAAAUUGCAAUGCUCCGGUUCAUUUGGCUACUUUCUGCCCUGUUGUUGCUUCUGUACCCCGGGCCAAGCCAAGGAUACUUCCCCGAGGAACGCUGGAGUCCGGAGUCUCCGCUGCUCGCCCCUCGGGUACUAAUUGCUCUUGUUUGCCGAAACUCGGAGCACUCUUUGCCAUAUUUUCUUGGGUCAAUCGAUCGACUCAACUAUCCCAAGGACCGCAUUGCCUUGUGGGUGGCUACGGACCACAAUGAGGACAAUACCACAGCCGUCCUGCGAGACUGGCUGAUCCAGGUGCAGAGUCUGUAUCACUACGUGGAAUGGAGGCCAAAGGAAGAACCCCAGGCGUAUGAGGAAGAGGCGGGGCCGAAGCAUUGGCCGAACCACCGCUACUCCCACCUGAUGAAGCUGAGACAGACCGCUCUGGAAGCCGCCCGCGAGAUGUGGGCCGACUACUUCCUGCUCGUGGACUGCGAUAACCUCCUGACCAAUCAGGACGUCCUGUGGAAGCUGAUGAGGGAGAAUAAGACCAUUGUUGCUCCCAUGCUGGAGUCCAGAGCAGCCUACUCCAACUUCUGGUGCGGCAUGUCCUCCCAGGUACCUGUCUGUCUGUUUCUCUGUCUAUUUGUCAUUCGUGCGUGCGGUGUGUGGUCCCGCCCGCUGGCCUUCCACCGCCGCACCCGCUACCCUGGCUUCGAUGACAUCAUCAUUGCUCUCGCCGUGGCAGUGUUCCUCUAUCCCUCUCUUAUCACCCCCAGCCUUCAUUUCUCUCACUCUGGAACAGAAAAAUAUCCCCACCCCCUUUUGCCUUGGGCCCCUCCCUCUCUGUUCAUAUUUAUUUUCAUAAUCCAACGAACAAUGUGCAAGUUAAGUGUUUCCGUAGUUUUUUUUAUAUUCAUAAAUAACAGAUCAAUAUUUUUGAGGUGGGACAGGUGUGAUUUUAAUGGCAGUUGUUUCUUGGUGGAAUGUGGUUGUUACAUUCCGUUGUUAUUUUUCUCUCUCUCUCUCUCUCUCUCUCUCUCAGAUGUGCAGAUGUUUGUAUGUAACAAGGAGAAUUAUGGGUACUUCCCCAUCCCCUUGCGCUCUCAUGGCACCCUGAAGGAUGAGGCUGACAGCUUCCUGCACAGUCUGAUGGAGGUCAUGGUGCGAAACCCCCCGUUGGACCCUUCCAGUUUCAUAUCGGCCCCAGCCAAGAAGCCAGACAAGAUCGGCUUCGAUGAGGUGUUCAUGAUCAACCUGCAGCGGCGCACGGACCGGCGGGAGCGCAUGCUGCGCACGCUGUACGAGCAGGAGAUCGCCUGCAAGGUCAUCGCCGCCGUCGACGGCAAUGCACUGAACGUCAGCCAGAUCCAAACCAUGGGCAUACAUAUGCUUCCGGGGUACAGUGACCCCUACCAUGGCCGGCCCAUCACAAAGGGGGAGCUGGGCUGCUUCCUCUCCCACUACAACAUCUGGAAGGAGAUUGUAGACCGGGGUCUGAAGGCCUCCCUGGUGAUUGAGGAUGACCUGAGAUUUGAGAUCUUCUUCAAGCGGCGCCUGCAGAACCUGAUGAAGGAGUUAAAGAGCGAAGGCCUGGAUUGGGACCUCAUCUAUAUUGGGAGGAAGAGAAUGCAGGUGGAUCACCCGGAGAAGGCGGUGCCUAACAUCCACAACCUGGUGGUGGCCGACUACUCCUAUUGGACGCUUGGCUACAUGAUGUCCUUGCAAGGCGCCAAAAAGCUCUUGGAGGCGGAGCCCCUGAAGAGGAUGCUGCCGGUUGAUGAGUUCCUUCCCAUCAUGUUCGAUAAGCACCCUGUCUCUGAUUACAUGGAGCAGUUUGAGAAGCGGGAUCUGAAGGCGUUUUCGGCCGAGCCCCUGCUGGUGUACCCGACCCACUACACGGGCGACCCGGGCUACAUCAGCGACACGGAGACCUCCACCGUGUGGGACAAGGAGGGCGUCCGGACGGACUGGGACCGCGCCCGGUCCCGCAAGACCCAGGAGCAGGAGGAGAUCAGCACCGAGGCCCAGAACAGCGACGUGCUCCAGUCCGCUCUCGACAGCACCGCCCGCGACGAGCUAUGAUGUCCACCGCCAGACCGCCAAAGGGCGAAAGCCAGAGGGAGCCAGAGCCAGAGACAGAGAGGAGAGGCUGGGGGGGGCAGGGGCGAUUUAACAGUUUUUAAUCGUUCUGUUUUUGUCAUUUUUACAAUGGGGGCUAACUUUUGGGAGAUGAUACACCCCCCUCCCCCCACUACCCCACAUGGACUGUCUCUACUUUAAAAAAAAAAAUUUUUUUAGGUUGUUUCUUCUCCUCACCACACAGUUUUAACUGCCUUGUUUAUGGUCCACAUUUCUUUUUUUCCCCCUACACCCUGACUGCCACCCUUCCCCUGCCAAAGUUGUUUGUGACUCUUGACAAGGGAUCCAUCGCUGUCGCUUUUAAAGUUGAAAGAUACUCUAUGCUACUUUUUCCUUCCUAAGAAUUUUUAUUUUUAUCAGAUUUCAUAUUCCUCUGUUUGUCUUUUUUUUUCCUCUGACGUUUUUCCUGUCUCUGAGUCAGGACACACUGGCAGCAAGGAAACCAUGCUGUGUUCAUGGAGUACUUAUGAUUGGACCACAGUGCAUUAACAGAAAUCAUCAGAUUGGACCAUAAUGCAUUCGUGAGAUUCAUCUGAUUGACCAGAGUGCAUUAACGGAAAUCAUCUGAUUGGGCCAAUGUGCAUUAUCAGAAAUAAUCUGAUUGCACCACAGUGCCUUGGUGGAAUCCAUCUGAAUGUAUUGAUGAGAUGCAUCUGUCCAGCCUUGAAGAUCCUGCUUGUUUUUUUUUUUUUCAUUUUUCAUUUUUUUUAAACUCCAUUUUUCCUCUCUCCGUGUGGUCAGGACCAAGAUUGACUUCCACCAGCAUUUCUCGUGAAGUUCAAAGGGUUUGAUUUUGAUUUCUCUUGGGUGAGUUUGGCAGAGAGCCGUUGGAGCCCAAGAACAGUCCGAAGAACUCCACUGAAGACAGUUGAGCGAGGGAGGGAUGGUGCAUAUUCAUCAGGAGAAAAAAAACCCGGUGUGUUCCAGUGUAUUCACCUGUGCUUCUGGUCUGGAGGGGUUUUGGGGCAAGGGAUCCCCCCUCUCUCCCACGUUUUUCCCAGCAUCCUCUGAGAAUACCUGCUUUCGUCCUCUCUCUCUGGGGGCACAUGGGAUGCCCUCACAGAUCCAAGAUGGCAGCCAACACCUUAAACUCCCUGUAGUUUGUGGUUUAACAGAACAGACGGAACUUGGAAUCCCAUCCUCCCGCCCCAAGCAUCAAGAACCUUCCAUCUCCUUUUGAACCUGUGCAUUGAAUAAGUCCUCAUAUACCCAUAUCAUUAAAUGCCGGUCCGGAUUGGACAGCACUGAUGCUCCCCUCCAAUUGGGAACGACGGGGCUGGAGGGACAGUGAGGGUGGUGAAAGCAUAUUUGGAUCAUCUUUUUGUCACUUUUUAAAAAAUUUUCCCAAAUGUGCCUUCUUACCAAAGAAUAAUAAUAAAAUGUAUUUUUAAACUACAA